GCCUGGUGCCUUAAUCCUCCCACCAACCUGCGAGAGAGCAUAAUCCGCAUUUUACAAGGAGUUGAACAUCACUCCCAUCUGCGGAAAACUGGUAACAUCUCAGAGGAGCCCUUGCUUCUUCCGGGACGCCCAGCAUCAUGGUUUCUUAUUUCAUGUGGUCUCUCAGUGUCCUGGGUUCCCUCCUGCUGCUUGGAUUCCAGCUCGUCUGCCCACAGCCCUCCACUGAACACAGAAAGGUCCCGCAGCGGAUGGCGGCGGCCCAGGGCGCCCCCGAAGACGGCGGCGGCGGCGGCGGCGGCGCCCAGGGCGUGUGGGGCGCCUGGGGGCCCUGGUCCGCCUGCUCGCGCAGCUGCAGCGGCGGCGUGAUGGAGCAGACGCGGCCCUGCCUGCCCGGCUCGUCCCGCGCGCGCGGGGCCCUGCGGCCCGGGGCGCCCCCGCGCGCCUUCGCGGGCCACGUGGUGUCGGCCGUGCGCACGUCGGUGCCGCUGCACCGCAGCCGCGACCGCGGGGAGCCGCGCGCCCCCGCCGGCCCCGACGCCAGCCGCCAGGGCCCGGGGCCGAGGGGCAGCCGGCACCCACAGGCGCGGGGCCGCGACCCCACGGCGGAAAGAAGGAGCAGGACCCGCGGUCCCAUCGGCCCUGGCAAGUACGGCUAUGGCAAGGCCCCGUACAUCUUACCACUGCAGACAGACUCUGAACACUCGCCACAGAGGCUUCGGAGGCAGAGGCCCUCGGCCCGGCAUUCCAGGUCCCAGGGGGCAUCUGGUCCUAGCCACGGCUACGGCCCGUCAGCCCACCGGGCUCCCCAGCACGGGCCUCUGUACCAGAGUGACAGUGGCCCUCGCUCUGGACUGCAGACCUCCGAGGCCUCCCUCUACCAGAUGCCUUUGACCCACGACGGAGGCUUUCCGGCAGCUUCGAGUCUCUUCCAUGGCCCGGAAAUAAGCAGCGGCCGCGGCAUGGGGGCCCACGGGGCAGCUCAGAGCUUCUCACAGCCUGCCCGGUCCACAGCCAUUUCCUGCAUCGGGGCCUAUCGGCAGUACAAGCUAUGCAACACUAACGUGUGUCCAGAAAGCAGUAGAAGUAUCCGGGAGGUUCAGUGUGCAUCCUACAACAACAAGCCAUUCAUGGGCCGGUUUUAUGAGUGGGAACCGUUUGCAGAAGUAAAGGGCAAUCGGAAGUGUGAGUUGAACUGCCAGGCGAUGGGCUACCGCUUCUAUGUCCGGCAAGCCGAGAAGGUCAUUGACGGUACCCCCUGUGACCAGAAUGGCACGGCCAUCUGCGUGUCUGGGCAGUGCAAGAGCAUUGGCUGUGACGACUACUUAGGCUCCGACAAAGUUGUGGACAAAUGCGGGGUAUGUGGAGGCGAUAACACAGGCUGUCAGGUUGUGUCAGGCGUGUUCAAGCAUGCCCUCACGAGCCUGGGCUACCACCGAGUUGUCGAGAUUCCCCAAGGAGCCACCAAAAUCAACAUCACCGAGAUGUACAAGAGCAACAACUAUUUGGCUUUGCGAAGUCGUUCUGGCCGCUCCAUCAUCAACGGGAACUGGGCAAUUGACCGGCCAGGAAAAUACGAAGGAGGAGGGACCAUGUUCACCUACAAGCGUCCAAAUGAGAUUUCGAGCACCGCUGGAGAAUCCUUUCUGGCCGAAGGCCCCACUAAUGAGAUCUUGGAUGUCUAUAUGAUACACCAGCAGCCUAAUCCGGGAGUCCACUAUGAGUACGUCAUCAUGGGGACCAACGCCAUCAGCCCCCAGGUGCCUCCUCACAGGAGACCAGGGGAGCCCUUCAACGGCCAGCUGGUAACGGAUGGGAGGAGCCAGGAGGAGCGAGAAGAGAAAGAGAGGACCGAGGAGAAGGAAGGAGAUGGUGGGGUGCCUGAAGUAUUCACCUCAGGAUCAGCGCAGGCCUUCCCAGUCAGGCAUCCCGAUGGAUUUUCUCCCCAUCGACCGGACGAUUUGGUGCCGGCGGCACCGCAGUCCCCACGGCGAAGCCGGGACCACAACUGGAAGCAGCUCGGGACCACAGAAUGCUCAACGAGUUGUGGGAAAGGAUCGCAGUUCCCGAUUUUUCGCUGUGUACACAGAAACACCCACGAAGAGGUUCCCGAGAGCUACUGUGACUCCAGCAUGAAGCCGACCCCCGAGGAGGAACCCUGCAACAUCUUCCCUUGCCCAGCCUUCUGGGACAUCGGAGAGUGGUCUGAGUGCAGCAAGACCUGCGGCCUGGGCAUGCAGCAUCGCCAGGUUCUGUGCCGCCAGGUGUAUGCCAACCGCAGCCUGACGGUGCAGCCCUACCGCUGCCAGCACCUGGAGAAGCCCGAGACCACCAGCACCUGCCAGCUCAAGAUCUGCAGCGAGUGGCAGAUCCGGACAGACUGGACCUCGUGCUCAGUGCCCUGUGGGGUGGGACAGAGGACUCGAGACGUGAAGUGUGUGAGCAACAUCGGGGACGUGGUUGAUGAUGAGGAGUGCAACAUGAAGCUGCGGCCCAACGACAUUGAGAAUUGCGACAUGGGGCCCUGCGCGAAGAGCUGGUUCCUCACCGAGUGGGGGGAAAGGUGCUCAGCGGAGUGUGGGGCUGGAGUGCGGACACGCUCAGUGGUGUGCAUGACCAACCACGUCAGCAGCCUGCCCCUGGAGGGCUGUGGGAACAACCGGCCAGCGGAGGCCACCCCGUGUGACAACGGGCCCUGCACGGGCAAGGUGGAGUGGUUUGCGGGGAGCUGGAGCCAGUGUUCCAUCGAGUGUGGGAGCGGGACCCAACAAAGGGAGGUGAUUUGUGUUAGGAAGAACGUAGACACCUUUGAAGUGUUGGACCCAUAUGAAUGUUCCUUCCUGGAAAGACCCCCCAGCCAGCAGUCGUGCCACCUCAAGCCUUGUGGGGCCAAAUGGUUUAGCACAGAAUGGAGCAUGUGCUCCAAGAGCUGCCAGGGUGGCUUCCGGGUCCGGGAAGUGCGCUGCCUGUCAGAUGACAUGACCCUAAGCAAUCUCUGUGACCCUCAGUUGAAACCAGAAGAGAAAGAAUCUUGUAACCCUCAGGACUGUGUCCCUGAAGUUGAUGAAAACUGCAAGGACAGGUACUACAACUGCAACGUGGUGGUCCAGGCGAGACUGUGUGUCUACAACUACUACAAGACGGCCUGCUGUGCCUCCUGCACGCGUGUGGCCAACAGGCACCCGGGCUUCCUGGGGAGCAGAUAACACGCCCGCCCCGCGGCAGUCGGGCGGUCGGGGAGUCUGUCGGCGGUGGGACUGGCUGGCCGCUGCUCCGCCAGAGGCUUCCAGGCCGCCAGCCAGCGUAGUCACCACCCCACCUUCGGCAAAGCGGACACGUCGUGCCCAGGAGCCAAGCCACGGUUGUCCUUUAGCAUCACCAUAAACUGAUGAUCCCUCCUUGGGAAACCUGGCACCUGGUAAGGUGCCAUUUGAAAACCACGCAGUGGGGGGCGGGGUGCAUGUAGCUCUCAGUCAACUCCCGUGCCAGCACUUUCUAAGUCACUGGAGGGGCGCUGCCUCGUCCAUGGUGCUACUGCCCUUUUCAAUAUCGGGGCCCCUUGGAGAGUCAGAAGAGGCAGCUCCCACCCCGGAGCCCCACCAAGCCUUGCUGAGACGCCUGCUUCCCACUGUUACCUCAGCCUGGCUGUGCCUAUUUUUAUUCUCAAAGACAUUAGGCUUUUUCCUGCCUUAUGACACAAAUAUCUCAUGUCAAUAUAGUGCUUUAUUGUUUCACAGGUGUAUUCACAGGUACUAGAUCAUUUAGCGGCCCACGAAGCCCCAGAAUGGAAGCCAGGGAAUGAAUCAUCAUCCCCAUUUUACUGACAAGGAAACUGAGGCUCAAUUUGUGUAACUGACCUGCCAGGUACAUUCACCCGUUCGGUGGCAGAGUUGAGUCCGACCCCUGUCAUCUGACCAUAAAAGUCACCCCAAGGCCUGCCCAGAAGCCUUAGGUCUACAGGACAUGGCUUCAUUUCAGACCAAGUGACUGAGAAAUUUCCCCGCUCAGCGAACAAAACCCAGUUUCUGAAUUCUUUCCUCUGGCCAAAGGUCAAGACUGUAUCCACUGCACUCUGUUGUUUCCAAAGUCCGUUUCCGUCUGUCCCUUCCCUGACAAAGUCACAGAUCCUCAUUACAGGACCCUGCGCAGGUUUUGUUAAACCCCGUCCUGAACGGAAUUGUCCAUGAGACAAGAAAGUCAAUGGGGUAGCAAGGUGAUGCCUGAAAUUCUGAGUGCAUUCCCCAGUGAUAUGUGCCCUCCCCCCCCCCCCAGGGAACUGCACACCAGGGUCCCUUUGGCCACGGAGCCCUUGUUUCCUAUCUCUGGGCUCUGGGCUUUCCCUCCUUUCGCAGUCACUUCUGGGAUGUUCACCACACAUCACCCAGUGGAGAGUCUAACCAACGUGUCUCAGCAUAAAACCUGUGUUUAUAUUAGAAAGAGUCUCCCUUUGGUUUUUCCAGUUUGAUUUAUGGGUUUCUGUUUUGACUUCCCAUCCCUCCCUCCCACUGUGACUCACAACCUAUACGCACCAUCCCAGACUUGAGCACUAAGAUCUGCAUUCAUACAGCAGCCAGGAAGAGUCUCCUUCAGUGGGCUCCUUCAGUGACGGCCGCAGUGGCAGGAUCCUCCCCGAUGCCCUUCACCUGACUCUGCAGUUCUAGAGGCCUCGGGCUGCAAGGGGGAUGCAGUGCAUAGGGAAAGGUAAACCACCUGAAAAGCCAAUUAAAAAGAAUAUAUAUAUAUAUAUAUAUAUAUAUAUAUAUAUAUGGUUGACCCUUGAACAGUUAGGGGCUUAGGCUGCCAGCCACCCUCUGUGCAGUCAAAAAUCCUUGUGUAGCCUUUGACUCCCCAAAAACUCAACUACUAACAGCCUGUCAUUGACUGGAAGCCUUACCCGUGACGCAAUCAACGCAUAUUUUUACGUGUAUUAUGUAUUAUAUACUAUAUUCUUACAAUAAGGUAAGCUAGA